CAGAGUCGGCUCUAAGCACCGGAAACCGGUUCUUAGCUGGCCCCACUCCGCUGCCCGGCAAGAAGAACCAAUACGAUGCGGUUCAGGCAGCAGAUCGAGCCAGUAAAUACAAAGAGGAGAAUCGGCAGAUCCUGAAGGAGAGCAUCGAGGUGGCUCCCUACAUGGCUAAGAUCCAGCGCUCAAGUGACCCGGGCAUGGACCGGGACCGUGAGAGGAGCAGAGACCCAGCCUUCCCUGUCCGAGUCCCCGCACUCUCCUCCCCAAACCCCAAGGCGGGCCACAUCCAUCCCCACGUUAUCCAAUCAGAAAAGAGCAACUACUUCACCACGCUGUCCAACAGUGUAGUGAAUGAGCCUCCCAGACUCUACUCCUCCAAGGAGCUCAGCUCUUACUAUGAGAAUGUUUCUAGCGGAGCUCCAGGAGUCGUGGCCAGCGUUGGAGCCGCCGUGCCCAGCCAGGGAGCUCUGUCCCUAGGCAGCUACAGCUCCAAAGCCUCCCUCUCCAAGCCCCCGCCUCUCAUCAAGCACCAGCCAGAGGGGGGGGAGGGUUUAGCGGGGAAGAUCAACGAGCAGCUCAGCCAGCAGCAGCAGCAGCAGCAGCACCAACAGCAGCAGCACCAACAGCAGCAGCAGCACCAACAGCAGCAGCAGCAGCUCAGGGCAAUGCCAUCUCUCCACCGAGCGCCCGUCUUCCACCCGCCCACACAACACGCACUGGAAAGGAAAGAGGCUGCAGAGCGAGAGAGGGAGCGGGAGAAGGAGAGAGAGCGAGAGAGGGACAGAGCCAGUUACGGUGGACGCCUGUCUCCCCCAACGCUCACCCCCAUUCAGCCGGUAAGCUUAGCGGCAGCUGGCAGCAAGACGUUGGCGGAGCAGCAGAAGCCCCCCACGCUGCUGCCGGAACUCAGGGACACCAAAGGUCACGGAAACGCUGCCGUGGUAACGUCUGUAGCUGCAGCCAUCAGCGGGGAGGUCACGACUUUCUCUGCAGACGCGUGGAGAGAGAGAGGAGGCUCCUUCUCCGGAGAGAAAGGGAUGUCAAGGGGAAAGCCCCAAUCUGCAAUGGCGUCAGUCAUUGUGCGUCCAUCCACUUCUAUUAAGUACGACAUUCCUGUUGGUGCUAACAAAUCUAGUACUACGAUCCCUAAGGAACUCCCCCAGGGGAGGUUCUACUCAUCCAAGCUUCAGGGCGAGUGUCUCAGGCGAGGGGAGGGGUUCAGAGACGUUGGCAGGAUCAUCCAACCCAACUCCAACCUGGACGACAUGUGUGUACAGUAUAACAACACUUCUAUGCGUAGCAUGCAAGGAAUGAUGGGAGCUAGUAUGUCUAAUUCUGUGUGCAGGACUAUUUCUCCAGCCUUUGGCAUCCAGAGUAUGAGUGGCACCGCCCUCCCUGAGCUGGGCUACUCCUCAUCAGCUCACAUUUCCUCCCAUAAAACUGGCAUUGGUGGCUGGGUGCUGAGUCACUCAGGACCAGGAGAGUACCACGAAGUGUUACGCACUCCAUCUCCAGGGGGCUCUCUGCCACCCCCUAGUCCAGCAGGGACACCCCAGCCCAGUCCUAGCAUCACCCCAACACCUAGCUCUGUUUCUGGCUCAAGUCAGCCGUACUCCCCCUCCUUUGUCCACCUAAAGAAGCACAAAGCUGCCCUGGCUGCAGCCCAAUCCAGGACCAACUUCUCCUCUGCUCCCACAGCCAUCACAACUGGGAACUGCUUCCUACCUGUGGACUCAGCUGACAAAACUCCUAUACAAAACUCCCCCCCACUACCCUCCUCCAGCCAAGCCUCAUCAUCUUCCGUGGACAGCAGUAGCAACAGCUCGGUGGGCGGGAGCACAACGACAGGCAAGUCCAGCCCCCUGCCCAACGGCCAGAGCUCAGUCUCCUCCAGUGUGCAGCCCAGCAACUACCACAAGCUGAAGAAAGCCUGGCUAACCCGCCACUCAGAGGAGGACAGGAACACAACUGCUAACACAACCCCCCCCAGUGUUAAACCAGAGAAAGUGCCCACCACCAGCACCAGUAACACCGCAGCCAUGUCAGACAUGAUCAAACCUUGUACCGUCAAUCUCAGCGCCUCCACCUCCAGCGAGGUGGAGAUGAGCAAAGACAGUGUGAUCAAAGCUGAGAGAGAGAGGCAGCAGGAGGAGAAGGUGGGAGGAGCAGAAGGAGGCGGCGGGGAGGAGAGGAAAGUGCCUCCCUCUUUAAGGCGAGGGAACAAGCGCACAUACGAGUCGGCUUCAGAGAGCGGGGGAGACGACUCUGAUGCCAGCGAGAGCAAAAUGGAGGGCCGAGCCAAGCGCCAGCCCAAACCCACCUACAAGAAGAAACAGAACGACAUGGCGAAGAAGAAAGGAGACAAUGAGAAGGAGGAAGACGACUUGAAACCUAACGGCAUCUUCAGAUCAGCCCGAGAGAAGACUAAACUCAAGCUGGCCAGCAGCAAUGGGAUCCCCCGCUCCGUCCUGAAGGACUGGAGGAAGGUGAAGAAGCUGAAGCAGACGGGAGAGUCUUUUCUUCAGGACGACUCGUGUGCUGAAAUUGGACCCAACCUGCAGAAGUGUCGGGAGUGCAGGGUGAUCCGCAGCAAGAAGGGGGAGGAGCCCGCACAUUCCCCCGUCUUCUGCCGCUUCUACUAUUUCAGACGGUUGUCCUUCAGUAAAAAUGGAGUCCUCCGGAUGGAUGGCUUCUCCAACCCGGAGCAGUUUGAUGACGAGGCCCUGUCCCUGUGGGUCCCCGGGCUGGAGGACACCCAACUGGACCAAAACACAGCCAAGUACAUCCUCAGCUUCAUAGGAGACAAGUUCUGUCAGAUGGUUGUGACCGAGAACACAGCAGCCACCUGGGUCAAGAAAGAUGCCAAGGUGGUGUGGAAGCGAGCUGUGAGGGGGGUGAGGGAGAUGUGCGACGCCUGCGAGGCAACGCUCUUCAACAUCCACUGGGUCUGUCAGAAGUGUGGCUUCGUUGUCUGCUUGGACUGUUACAAGGCCAAGGAGAGGAGGAGCUCCAAAG